AUGGCCAACAACAACACACCCAGUCCUGAUCCCUUUGUCCUGGAACAACUGAUUGAAGAUUCCAGCCGCGAACUGACAAACCGCCGUCGGCAGGAACGUGUUUUUACCGGACAGAGGCAACAGAUUCAGCACAUUCAACAUGUGCACGGCCUUCAACAAGUCCAGAACGUUGAACAAGCCCAUCCUGAAGGACAAGUUCAGAACGGGGAAGACGGGCAGACCCGGCCCCAGACUGAACCAGAUCAGCUCCAGGUGGUGAACGAAACUGAUACUCGAGACGGGCAACACGCUUCCUCGUUCACCCACACCUCUGACAGACGAAGAAGCCGUAGCCGAGACGAGGAGGAACAGAUCAACGUUCCCGAGGGCGCUGAUCCGACUGCCAUUCUCCUACUCAAAGAGCUGCAGAAGACCAACCGCCUCAUCCGCCAACAGGGCGACCGCAUCCACGACCUGGAAAGGAAUCGACGAUAUCGCUCCCCCCGACGGAGGCGCCAUCGGUCACGUUCCUAUUCCUCUUCGCGGUCUCCCCCGAGGAGAAGUCGCAAGCGCAGUCCAUCUAGGUCUCGCUCCCCCUCGAGGAGAAACCGGCGCCAGCGGUCUUAUUCCCGCUCUCCACCUCGAAAGACUCGGAAGAAUCAGAAACCUGAAACCACUGAAGCCAAGAGUCUCUCACCCGAGCAGGAGCACCGAGGCCCCUCCAAAGCCGUGCAGAAAGUCCGCGAGCAUUCUCCAAAAGACAACCGCAAAAUCUCGGGCAAACCACGCACCAAGCCCCAGCGGGGCAGACAUUCAAACUCCCCUGAACCUAGCGACGAAGAGGAUUUCCGCAGUCCCCUGUCCGAGCAAAUCCGGCGUGUUCGUCUUCCCCGGGGGAUGGAAAAACCACCAGCCUUGGACCACUAUGACGGGACCACCGACCCCGAUGACCACAUAAGGAGCAUCGAAGCUGUCAUGGACUACCAUGUGUAUGAGAGCAGGAAGGCGCUAAAAGCUCAGGCGCUGGCGGACUUCGUAGCCGAAAUGACCUCUAUCGCCGACUCACCCAAUGCAACUAAAGACAAGUGGACCAUCUACGUAGAUGGCGCCUCAAGCAGAUCGGGCAGCGGGGCUGGCAUUAUCUUGGAAAACGGCGAAGGUCUUAUCAUAGAAGUAUCUUUAGUCCUCUCCUUCAACACGUCGAAUAACCAGGCCGAGUAUGAAGCCCUCCUCGCGGGACUGAGACUCGCCGAGGACAUAGGGGCACGAGAGGUCAAGGUUUACACUGAUUCCCAACUCGUCGCAUCUCAUAUCAGCGGCGAGUACCAAGCCAAAAACGACUAUACAACUUCCUCACAAAAGACGAACUACCCGCCGACGCGAAAGAAGCCUCAACAAUUAAGAGGCGAGCGUGCUCAUACACUAUCCUCGAAAACAAGCUAUACCGACGAGGUUUCUCCAUCCCCCUCCUUAAAUGCAUCGACGCCUCGCAAGCACUAG